AUCGCUAGCUGGUGUGUAUAUAAACGUGUUGUUGCAUAACACGCGGUGAAGAUACUAUAUGGGGAGCAGCAGCGUCGACGGAGCCGGCGAGAUGUGCUUGGAAGCUGGCGGCGGCAGGGCGGGGAGGCGCGGCGGGAAGAAGGCGGCGGAGAUGAAGGCCGCCAAGCAGCCGCAGCGCGGGCUCGGCGUCGCGCAGCUGGAGAAGAUCCGGAUGCAGAACCAGAUGAUCGCCGCCUACCGCUCCGGCCUGCCCCCGCCGCCGCAGCAGCAGCAGCUGCCGUACGCCGCUGCCGUGCCCGGUGUCCCGACGGCCGGCGCCGCAUCGUCCUUCCAGCCCUAUCUAGCUGGCUGCUUUGAGGCGAUGGACCGGAGGAUCGCCGACGUGCAGUACAGCCAGUACUACGCGGAGAACCUGCUGCCCAACAGCUCCAGCCGUCCGCCGGCGACGUCGCCGCUCUUCGUCGUCCAUGACUCGUCGUCGUCGGGCCAGAGGCAGCAUACGCCUCAUGAGUAUGACUACUGGAUGCGCCCCAGCCACGAGUCCAGCGGACGCAGCGGCGCAGGGAGCACCGAAGAGCUAGAUCUGGAGCUGAGGCUGUAGGUGACGCGCGCCACAUUGAGCUCGAUAGAUCGAAGUGUCUACUAAUUAAUCAUGUGUCCGUGCAUGCAUGGGCGAAGCGCCAUGCGAGGGAGGGAGGAUCAGAGGAGGGCCUUAGAAUUAGAUUGAUCGAUUAGCUAUCGAACUGGGGCUACCAGAGUUAGCUGCUGCUUAAUUUGCUGACGGCCGGAAUGGCUGAUACUUUCGUGCUGGAACUGUGGGAUCAUCACUGAUAAACGUAUGCUGGUAUGCACGACCGAUAUAUGCAUGUAAAUCUUGUUUAACACCUUAUUAAUUGAAAAGGUUACUAGUUUGUAGAGGAAA